AUGAGUUGUAAAGUAGAAUUAAUUCCCAUAUCUGAAGGUAAUCGUAUAGCAGUAAAAAAAGUAGAAAAAAUUAUUAUUGGACGUGGGUCAUCAUUAGGUUGUAAUGAUAAAAAAAUUUCUCGUCAACAUGCUGAAUUAUUACUUAAAAAUGAUGAAACACUUUGGAUUAAACCGACACAUACUAAUCCAGUAUUUUAUCGAACUUCUCAUGGUAAAACAAUUCAAUUAACAAAAGAUAUUGAACAAGAAUUAAAAGAUGGCGAUCAAAUUGGUUUAUUACCAACAAGUUUUUUCUUUCGUAUUAGUUUUUCAACUGAUACAAACGAUAAUAAAGAUAAAUUAUCUACAUCAUCCGAUCAACAAUUAUAUCGUUCGACAAAUAACCUUGAUUCUAAUAAUCAUACCGAUAUAAAAUCAACUACAAUUCCAUCUAAAGAUAUUUCAUCUAAAACAAAAAGUUCAGAUGUUGAACCAAAACCAUACAUUCAAGAUACUAAUACUUCUACUCAUGUUUCUCUACAAGAUCAAAAUGAGUUUGAAUCAACUAAUUCGAAUAAAACACCACGUAAACUACCAACAUGGAUGAUAGUAUCAACUUCAUCUUCAAAAACUGCAUCAACAAAAACCACAUCAAGUUCUUCUUGUUUAUAUGAUUCAUCAUCUAGUGAUCUUCCUCCUACUGUUAAACGACAAUUGAAUUCAGAAGAAGAUAACAAUAGUAAUACCAAAGAUCUAUCAAAUACGUCUGGCAUACCAGUUACAAAUCCAAGUAAAUCAUCUCUAGCAAAAAGUUUUGAUAGUGAUAGUAAUGAUGGAUUUGAUUCUGUUUCUACAAAAAAAAUUAAAUCAAAUAAUAAACGUCGUCCAGCUUGUUCAUAUGGUGCAUCAUGUUAUCGAAAAAAUCUGAUGCAUCGUACUGACCAAUCACAUCCAGGUGAUUCUGAUUAUGAUGAUGAAGAAAAAACGGAUAAUAAUGAUAAAAAAGAUGACAAUGAUGUUGAUAAACCCCUAUGUCCAUAUGGUAAAUCUUGUUAUCGACAAAAUCCUCAACAUAAACGUGACUAUAAGCAUUAA